AUGACAUCUGAGGCUUUUAAGCAGAAAGGCCUAUCUGAACAAGUCAGAAAUGACUUUAUCAGAGAAACUAGAGAGAGGCUAAAGGCUCGUCUGGCUAGAGAGGUAGAAGAGAGAGCUCACAGAGAAGCAGAAGAAAAGGUUAGACUGGAAGCAAAAGAGAAAGACAGAAGAAAAACUGUAGAAAAGGCCACUAUUGAGGCUGCUGCUGCUGAAGCUGAGGCCAAAGCCAAGACUGACGCGGAAGAAGCAUCACACAUUGUUGUGGAAGCAGUUUCCAAGGCAAAGGACACAACUCUGACUCAAGGGGAGCCAUCUCAUUCUGAAUUUUCUCCGCUGGUAUUGAAGACUCUAGAGGAACUACAGAAAGAGCAACAGAUUAUGAGGGCCAGACUAGAUCAACAGGACUCUAUCAACUCCAACAUUCAGAAUUUGUUGACUCAGCUACUACAGAGGAUGUAUCCUCCUCCGAACCCUUAG